AGUUGGCACUUGCAAUAUUGGAGGAUACAUGAGACAUUUCUUUGGAAAUCAAACGAACCAUUUCGACCAACAAGGAAGAGAUUUAUGAAAGCAAACCAAAGCGAAGGCUUUAACUUUUUUCAAGUACUACUCCCAUUUUGCCAUUGUGCUUUGUGACAGAGAGAGACUACGAGAGAGGCUCCAUAGAAACUCAUUUUUUGGAGAAGAAAAUGCCAUGUUCAGCUGAGGAAGCACUUGUUAGGCUCUUCAACAACACUUCCUCCUCCUUCCUCCUCCUCCUCCUCUUCCUCUACGUCUCCUCCAUUUUUCUUUUCAAACUCUUCUACUUUGUCGGCAGCAACCCUAUUUUCCCAAGAAGCCAGAAUGGUUGCGAAGACUACGUGUUUUCGGAUGAAGAAGAGGAGGAGGAGGAAGAAGAAGAAUUAGAAGAAGACGAAGAAGAAGAAGAAGACGAAGAAGAAGACGAAGAAAGGCAGUUUCAUGUUCAUAGUCACCAAUACUGCAGAACCAUAAAUGAUCAUGAUCUGGUGGCUGACAUCAUACGCGGCAACGAAUCAUUAAGGUUUUUGCCCAACCAUAACCUUCAGCAUCAUCAUCAAAAAAAAAAUUCCGAAGACCAAUUCAUUAGCGCACGGGAGAGCUUAAUAAUUGAAGAACGCCAAGAUGAAUCUUUGCAUGAGUCACCACAAGGCUCAGAAUCUGAAUAUGAAGAUCAAGGCGUGGAGGAAAUCCCAGUGAAAGAAACAGUUUCAGUUCUCAAUUCUGUCGCGAAUGAUCGAGUGUGGUCCACAUCUCCGAUAACUAUAGAACUAGAUAAAAGUGACAAAAAUGGUGACGAUAAUUGUGAUGAACACAAUACUGAAAUCAAUAGGGCAGAUCAGACGCAUUUAUCCGGUGACGAAAGUUUUGUUGUUUACGGGCCAUCACAAUUGAAGAACAAGAAGUUCCAAGUUCAAGACAAUAAAGAGGAUGAAAUUUUUGGUGACUCAACUGUUGGAUCAACUUCUAAGAGCUCUUCUGAAUGGAGAAGCUCAAUUAACUGCAGGGAUUCUGCCACUGAAGAUCCUUUUUCUUCCUCGUCCCGGAGAAGCUGCCCCAAAUGGGAGUCUUACACAGUCUUCCAAAAGUAUGAUGAGGAAAUGAUGUUCUUAGACAGAAUUAGUGCCCAAAAGCUCCAUGAAACAGAAUCACUUAAGUCUAUUCAAGUUUGUCCAAGAUCAAUUUCGGAAAGGAUAGUUCAUAGAAUCUCUAUGGCAACAAAAAGGCCGCCUGAUGUACGUCACAACCCUUAUCAUGAGCUGGAGGCUGCUUACGUUGCACAAAUUUGCUUAACAUGGGAAGCACUUAAUUGGAACUACAAGAAUUUUGAGCAAAAAAGGGCAUCACGACGUGAAAUUGAUCCCGGCGUUCCUGGCGAAUUAGCACAGCAAUUUCAGCAAUUUCAAGUGCUUCUACGAAGAUAUGUAGAGAAUGAGCCUUAUGAGCAAGGCAGGAGGCCAGAGAUUUAUGCUAGGAUGAGGCUUUUGGCACCAAAGUUACUUCAAGUGCCAGAAUAUAGAGUUUCAGAAGAUGGUGAGCAUGAAAAGGACGAAGGUUUUGGCUCAAAAAUUUCAUCAGCUGCAUUUUUAAUGAUAAUGGAAGACGGAAUCCGAACGUUCAUGGAUUUUCUCAAGGCUGAUAAGGAAAAACCCUGCCAGAAAUUAGUAUCCAUGUUCAAAAGAAAACGAAAAGGUUCAGUUGAUCCCACUCUUCUCCAUCUGAUGAAGAAAGUCAAUCAAAAAAAGAAGAUGAAAAUCAAAGAUCUUCGACGUUCCCACAAAUGCCUGAGAAAGCGAAGCUUGAAGGUGGAGGAAGAGAUGGAGAUACUGAUGGGUCUAAUUGACCUAAAAUUGGUGUCUAGGGUUUUGAGAAUGACCGACCUAAAUGCAGAACAAUUACAUUGGUGCGAAGCAAAGAUGAGCAAAGUGAGAGUUCUGGAUGGGAAAAGAUACCAAAGAGAUUCGUCCCCACUUUUCUUCCCAGCACAAUAACCCACGUACCACCAUUGUGUUGCUUUCAUGACUAGACAUCGUGACAUGAAUGUGCAUGCAUGACUACACAAAGAAUGAAUGAAUAUCCUACCCACCCAGCAGCAGCAGGUACCCUUUUGUAAAUACCACUCUAAUAUAUAAUAUUAUGUUAUGGAGGUAGGGCCUAUAACUACAUAUCAAAGUAAUAAGCACAUGAAGGUGACAUGGACUUUGAAGAUUUGGAAUCCAGGAAAGAAUGUUAUGAGAGAGACAAGGAACAUAAAGAGAUAGAGACAAGAGGAACUUUAGCUUUAGCUUUUUUAAGAAAAAAUUAGGGUUUAUCUACAAGCAGGGACUUGAGCUGAAUCAAAAGAAGAGAAGACUGAAGAGGAAGAAUAGCAUGAAGGCUGCUGCAAACACAUGAUGAAGAUGAGGUGGAAUAAAAAAGGUAGCACAUGGUACACUCAAGGGAUUAGGGUUAUAUCAUAUAUUUGUGGUUAAUUUAGGGUUUAGGACCCACUUAGUUGGGGGAUGAAAAAAAUAAAUAAAGUCUAAUAAAUCAACAACAUCUUUAAGAUUUUUGUAUCUGGAGGGUGGAGCUACAUUGAGAUUUCAUGACUUUUUUUAAAGGUAAUGUCCCAUUGACUAUUGU